GCUGAAUAAACUAUUAUGUUGCGAGAAAGUGCUUGGCUAGCUGACUUGGAUCAUCUCCUAGAUUUUAUGAGAAGUUCCAUUGCCAAGUUUGAAUUCGCUAAACCUUCAAGGCUUUGCUGGCAGAAAAGAAGCGUUCCACUCUUGGAGCAUAAAUGGAUUCAGAAGACAUGGGCUCAGGUAAACUAGGCCAAAUAUUGAAGCAGAUUUGGAGACAAAAUCUGAUGCUAAAACAGGCCCUCCUGGGAGAUAGCCAUUGUGAAGGGGCUGGCGGGGCCACUUGGAUAGCCACAGUGGUCUUUCUGGGGCAAGAGCUCAGUGGGGCCCUUCACCAACUCUUGGAGCACACUGCAGGGACUCUGCGCUCUACCUGCCAGCAGCUGUAUGUAUUGCUUGACAAGGAGAAUCAGUGUAUCUGGAAACAAGAAAUAACUACUUUCAUCGACUGCCUCAUGAACAUAAAUGAAUAUUUGGGGAGCACUGCUACACUUCUAAAGAAAGAAGAAAAGGAGAUGUGUAAUUUAUGCGGCAUGCAUGAUGAAUGUACCCCACUGCAGACAAUGUCCACCAUUCACGAUAUCAAAGAAGCAGACAUUGCUGCAAGAGGGGAACAGAAUGUCAUAGAAACAGCUACUGUUUCUUCCACAAAUGGAGAGCAAAGUCAUUAUACGAACCAGGUCCAGUUAAAAAAAAAUAAAGCACAUAUGAAUUCAGACUUAGUGGAAAAAGAAAACAAUACAUCAUUGAAUGAAGAUAUAACAGAGCAAGAGGAAACAGAGAACAAAAUGUUCCCAGAUAAUGUAGAAAAUGAAGAUGAUAAACAAACAGAACACAUGACUGUUGAGAACGUAAAUGGCAACAGGGAAGAGACGCAUGACAUAAUCCAGGCAACAGAAAGAGAAAUACAAGAGACCUCAGAGAACCAAAGAGAAGAGAUUACCACAUCCUCAAUAACAUGUGAUAUCUCCAGCAGAUAUCUGAAUAGUCUCCUUUCCAAUGAUUCAGAGAGUCUAAAGCAAAAGAAUACCAUAAUGGAAAAGGAGUAUUUUGAUAUACUGAGUGAUACCAGCCCCCAAGUGUCUUGUUAUAUUACAGCACCAUCAAAUGUUCUCCAGCAUCUAGAAUGCCGGAUUAGUAAUAGCAUGAGUUCUUUAGUAGUGAGUGAUAAUGAAGAGUUGGUCAGUAAUGUCAUCACUGUUGAGUGCUCAGAUAUGGAAAAGGAAAUUCCAUUUCCAAUAUGCAUUGCAAUUCCAUUUACUGCACGUUACAGGGGAAAUUACAGAGACAUCAUGGUGAAAGUGUCUGACGUAAACCUUGGAUCAAGUUACCUAACUCCAAAUUCACUGGAAGGAAUGAGAAGAAGUUACAAGGGGAUCUGUGCUGAAGUCAAAGUGUACAAGUUGGGUAUCUUUUCUGUUGUGUCUUGUCUAAAGAAAGAGUCCUUCACAGUAACAAAGAAAGGCCAUACUCUUAAGCCAAGCAUGGAUUCCCGAGUGUCCUUAAAUUACCCUCCAGGAGUUUUUGGCUCAUCAGUACUGGUACAAUUAAAGGUCCAACCAGUUGACCCAUCUUUGGUGGCAUAUUUAAAAACACAGCAAGAUACUUCCUACCCGGUGAUAUCAACAAGCCCGCUGAUCCACAUGAAGCACCCUUUGGUACAUCCUUUCCAGAAGCCAGUCACUGUAUUCCUACCUUGUUCUCCACACCCUGAUAAAAAAAAUCUUGCAUCUGAGAUAGAUCAUAAAAGAAUGGCUAGUGCCACUACAAAAAGGAUCAUACCACUGUACCUCAACCGGACAAAAAGCACUUCCAUAAGGAAACCUGGGAACAAUGCCUGUGAAUCUUUGAGAUUACUGGGAUUCAGAAGUGGAGACAGUGGUUGGUUUGGGCUUGAUAAUGUUGUAGUGAGAACCAUGCAGAGUGGCUUGAUAUCAUUUGAAUUGCGCGAACAUUUAGAGAGGUUUAUUGUGCUACACCUUUCUUCUGUUGUGGAAAAUAGCCUUUUGGUUUCUUUUGUGAAAGCUCUAGAAGAAGCUAUGCUCAGCACCACUGCCUGUGUUGUGCUCUGUCACCAGAAAGACAAUCCACAUAAAGUAGUCAUUCUAGUGGUUCCUUCUAAAGAUUUAAACCAGGUGCUUCGGAACUUGCGCUUGGAAUCGUUCAGUGGCCCUCCAGAGUCUUCACGCUGCUUCCAAGUCAAAGAAGGAGAACAAAUUCUUUUAAGAUUUACUGGAAAUAUAUUUGCUUCAAGCAAUGGAAAGGAUUAUGGAAAAGAUUACAAGCUUAUUUUUCAUUUACAAAGAAAACCCAGGCUGGAACUCCAAAUCAAAGAGGUGGAUGAAUUUGGAAACUAUAGCUGCCCUCAUUAUAAGGGCACCAUUGUAGUUUAUAAAGUACCUAAAGAAAAGAUAGUCCACAACUUGGAUCAAUCUCCUAUACUAGAUGAAAACCUUUGUCAGUUGCCAAUUUGCAAAUUGCCAUUGAAGUUGCCAAAGCAUAAAAAAUUAAUCAGCCGUCCACAGAGUACCAAAAGAAUUUCUACAGAUCCUAUAGAAGCCCUAUGGGAUAACUUGCUGUACUGGCUGGCAGAGGAACUCUCCGAAGAAAAUGCCACCCGCCUCUCCUCCUCCCUCCCUCUUCGCCACAGCACCGUCCAGCUCAUCAAACUGAAGACCCCUGGUGACCUCACAGAACAGAUCCAUGAACUCCUUUGCUUCUGGAAAAAAUCACUCCCAAAUUCCACCGAUAAACUUCGCCUGCUGGCUCGUCAUCUCCGCAAGAUCGGCAGGAAUGAUCUUUCCGAAGAGCUCAGAUUCAAGUGGGAUAAUAGGUGUUCCCUGAGCCACAGCACUGGUUUGGUACAACCUAGUAAAGCGGGUCACUCUUUCUUUUGCCCUAGAGAGGGGUCAUGGUAGGUUUUAAGGCUUUUUCUGCCAACAUUUUACUGGCGGUUUCCAAGUAAAGUUGUUUGAAGGGCGUCUUUUUGAUAGAUGUGCUAUUUGAGACAGGUGGAAAAGCAUGAAGCAGAUCAUAAAAGGCGUUCUUGGGUUUGAGGGCUCCUCUGUGGUUCAGAGAUAUACAUUCUGCAAGAAUUAUUGUCUUGAGUUCAGCCAAAUUUAAUAGCAUUUGUGAUAGAGUUUGCUCUGUUUACAUGUUAACAGUUGAGGUCGUUUUCUAAGUGGAAAGGAAAGAUAGGCUACACAGAACCCCCCUUUUUAUCAUUAUCUACAUAAAAGUAAACUAGUUGUGCCAGACUCCAAGCAACAAAUUCACAUUAUGCACAUGCUGUAGAGCCUGCAGCUAACAGUACAAAAUAAACUGGGUUGCAGCGACCUGAUGCUGAUGAUAGCAAAUCAGUAAGAAAACAGAGAAGCUUGGAAUAAAUUAAAAAUAGGAUAACAUCCACCAUCCGCUGCCACCAACUUUUCUUUUCUUAAAAAGUUAUCUUGAAAUAGGGAAAAUCUCGUGUUUUAUUAGUAGUGAAAUGAGACAGUGCAGAGAACAUGAAGUAUCACUGGAAGAAUUCAGGGCCUUUUUACCCUUGGAAAACAACCUACUCUUAAAUCAGUUUUCAUGGAAAUCUUUUUUUUUUUUUAAUUUUUUUUAAUGUUUAUUUUUUUUGUGUGUGUGAGAGAGAGACAGAGAGAGCACGAGCGGGGGAAGGAGCAGAGAGAGAGGGAGACACAGACUCCAAAACAAGCUCCAGGCUCUGAACUGUCGGCACAGAGCCCGUCGCGGGGCUCGAACUCACAAACUGUGAGAUCAUGACCUGAGCCGAAGCUGGACACUCAACUGACUGAGCCACCCAGGCGCCCCAGUUUUCACGGAAAUCUUAUUAAGUAAGCCCUUAAGUAAGACUCAUCGUUUAAAAAAAGGCUGUAAAAAAACCACAAAACUAAAAGAAAAAAAAAUAACAAUUACCAAAGCCCCUCCAUCAUUGAUGAACCCUGUUGACGUCUAGUGCAUAAGCUUUGAGACUUUGGGAAACCUGAGGCUUUAGCUUUAGCAAAAACAACGUGAUAUGAAUGGGGUAUGACAUGAGUAUUACCAUUUCAUUCAUACAAAAGCAUCACGGCCUGGGCUUGUCAGCAUCAGUAGUGAUUAGCUUUGAUUAUUAAAUACCAGAAGAAUUAAUGAAAUCACAUGAAAAGUUAAACACUUAUAGGGCUCUGAAUUUCAAAGACCAGAUUUCCUUCUACAAAUUAACCAAGGAGUUAGAUUCCCAUUUGGUUACACAUUGAAAAAGAGGAUUCCAAUUUUCAAAUACAUUCCUGUUAAGAAACAUUUAGUCAAUGUUCUACUAUUUUUACAUGUUUCCGGAAAGGUACAAUAUUUUCCAGGUGUCCUUGGAAUGAAGAAAACAGAUUGGAAUAUCCAGUUUUUCGAACUACAAAGUAACAGAAAAGUGAAGUUUAUUCGCCUGUAAUGCUUUAUGCUUAGUCCUUUACAAGCACUGACUUGUUUAGUCCUCCCAACUGCUCUGUGAGGUAGGUACCUCCCCACAAUUUACAAGAAAGGAAAGGAGAUUCAGAAGAUUGAGUUCCUUGCCUCAUGUCGUAAGUGAGUGACAUAGCCAGGAUUCUUGUUCCAACACUAGAGAAUACUAUUCUGAACAUUUUGGAGUAUUUUCUCCCAGUUUUUCUUUUGCUCCUGGAAGGAAAUAUUUCUAUUUCUCCGUGUAUAGAUAUCUACAAACACACUCACCUAUGUGCUCACAGGCACCCACACACUAUCUAUAAAUCCCCACACAUGCUGCACACUCACCCAUCUCCUUACUUACACACAUCUUCUCACCCCACCGUGUCCUUGUACCCUGCCCCCCAGGCACCCCCACGCAUAUGCACACCCUCCCACGCACAUCUCGCAAAUCCCCACACAGUCUUACCUCCGCGUGUACAUCCUCACAUGCAUGCAUACACCAUCACGCACACACUUUCUUCUCACGCAUGAAUUCAUUCACAUGCUUCAUGUGCCUACCCUCACAGGCACCCAUCCCUUCACCCCCACACACUCUCUGACCUUUCCAGAAUUAAAAAAAAAAAUAGCAUACAUUAUUGCAAUAGUCAAACAAUAUAAAAGUAUAUAUAGAAAAAAUGGGUCACGUCUUGGGUGUGGCCUCUCACCUAGGUUAUCAAAGGAAUCAGUCUGGGUGUAGCACGUGCCUCGUGUGCGCUCUCUCUCUCUCUCUCUCUCGCAAAAUAAACACAUAAACUUUAAAAAUUUAAAUAAAAAAAGAGAUUACUUACUGAAAACAUUUUUAAGGCUCUUGAUACACUUUGCCAAAUUGCCAUCUUAUAAUCACUAGGUCAUGAAGAUUCUUAGGAAAAUGGAACUUUUAAGAAUACAUAAAAAUGAAUUAACUUGAGGCACAUAACAUGAAACUCUACAUCCUGGGUAAGCCUGGACUGUCUUCAAUUGCUCUAUUGAAAAAAAAAAAAAAGACAUUGGCUUAAAUCUUUACAGUAAUUCCUUUACUAAUUAAGAGAGUAUAUUCCAUUGACAUUGCUCUUUUAAAAAGCAUCAGAAAGAGAAAUAAUACAGCAGACAUCUGGACAGAUUCCAAAAUGUCAGUUUCUAGUGUCAAACUAUAGCCAAAUUCCAAUGAAAAUAAUGUUAAAUUCAAUAGGUAUACAUUGAACAUGAACUCUGGGUCUAGCAGUCUGUUAAAUGGUACAAGCACAAAAGAGAGUAGGAGCCAGUUCUCUAGGGUUAUGUUUUCUGCAUACAAAAAGAGUAAAUGAAUGAGAUCAACAUCUAGUUUAUCGCCUAGAAUGAACCAGGCUUUUUAUGCUUAGCCCUUUAUAAGCACUGAAUUAUUGAAUCCUCUCACUGCUCUGUGGGGUAGGCACAUUGCCCCCAAUUUAUGAGAGGAAACUGGAGUCUUGAAAGAGUGAGUACCUUGCUUAAUGUCACAAGUGAGUGACAUAGCCAGGAUUCAAAUGUAGAAUGUUGGCUUGGCUCCCACCAUACCAUGUUGCUACCAACCUACGGAGAAGAAAGGAAGGGAAUGGACGUAUCUAUUUCUCCAUUAUCUUAUUUCUUAUUUUGCGGAACAAAAUUUCUAAUUCAUAUCUAAUACAAAUAGACAUG